AUGGCUCAAGAGGAAGACAUUCCGAGUGAAUAUUCUCGCGAUAUACCAAAAAGAGAAGGUGAUCCCAGUUUGAAGAUGGUGAUCGAUCAAUUGGUAGCACUUAAUGCUAAAUUUGCGAAUGCCAGCUUGAUUUCGACCACAGAUGCCCAUACACUCCCCCAAGAUGAUCUCGGCAUGUAUGCAGUGGAAGAGAGAACCGAAGACCUCAACUAUGUGAACAACAACACCUACACGAACUCAUAUAAUCCAGGGUGGCGGAAUCAUCCUAAUCUCUCUUACAAGUCCAACAACGUCGAGAAUCCUGCACCAAAUAAUCCGAGGGCAUCCCAUAAUCCGAAUCAGAGGAUCCCACCCGGUUUUGCUUUUCAAUCCAGGGGUCCAAAUCAGAACUCCAACUACAGAGCUCCGGGGCAGACCUUCAACAAUCCUGCACCUUCUGAUAAUCGUGACCUUUCUCAGGAUACAUAUGCUCUUAUUCAGCAACGCAUGCAGGAACAGACAAAGACGACACAUGAAUUCCGCACUCAAUUCACGAGCAUCGAUGCCCAUUUUAAGCUCGUAGACAAUCAGAUUGCCCAGUUGGCAGCAGACUCUCAAAGACCGUCCGGCACCCUUCUAGGUAAACCCGAAACCAAUCCUCGCGAACAUAUUAAUGCCAUCACUUUGCGAAAUGGUAAACAGGUAGACACUCAACCAUCCACAAUGGUCGAGCAGAGAGAGGUUUUGAAUGAUCAUGCUAGUCCAGAAGGCAUACCCGAACCGGCAUACGUACCCCCUCCUCCUAGGCCUCCGCCGGUACCGUUUCCGUCUCGCCUGAGGAAGCAUAACGAAGACAACCAAUUUGCUAAAUUCGCUGAGAUGCUAAAGAAACUCGAGGUAACCAUGCCCUUUACUGAAGCUAUUUUACAGAUUCCCUCGUAUACCAAGUUUUUGAAGGACAUCCUGACCAAGAAACGAGUCGUCGAGAAAGAGACUGUAGCUCUCACUGUAGAGUGUAGUGCGUUGAUACAACACGAGUUACCACCCAAGCGCUCUGACCCAGGUAGUUUUUCAAUCCCUUGUACGCUAGGUAACGUCUACAUCGAUAGUGCUUUGUGUGAUUUAGGUGCCAGCGUCAGUCUUCUUCCACUCUCCAUCUUUAAGAAGCUGAACGUGGGUGAACUAAAACCCACUCGAAUGGCUCUCCAGUUGGCUGAUCGUUCUGUUAAGUACCCUGCUAGAAUUCUUGAAGACGUCCCUUUGAAAAUCGGGAAUUUCUACAUUCCGGUUGACUUCGUGGUUCUGGACAUGGACGAAGAUUCUAAAGUACCCAUCAUUUUAGGUCGACCUUUCCUUAACACUGCCGAUGCUGUUAUCCACGUUCGAGCAGGUCGCCUUCCUGGUGACGAGACGGUGGAAUUCACUCUAGACAAAACCCUCAAGCAACCGUCAUCUACAGAAUCUGCUUGUUUCAUUGAUAUCCUGGGAGCUCUAACCGAAAAGGUAAUACACCAAUUUCAUCGUGAUGAUCCUUUAGCACUAAAUCUUCUUUCGCAGGAUAGCAUCUACGUCGCUAUAGACCAGAUGUGGAUCUACGGACAUAUUUUAGAGCAUGAUGAAUUUCUAGGAAAUCUCGAAUUAGACACGAUCGUGUCAUUGGCGUGUCAACUCCUCGGAUAG